CAUCACACUGUGUCACUCUUACGUGCGACGCCGAGAUUCUGCUUUAGUGCUGGUUGACUGCCCGCACUGAUCUGCCGCAAGCGCUGUCUUGUAAGAGUCUUGCCCGUGCAUUCACCACCAUGUCGAUUGAUGAUCAAGACCGGGCUAGCAAGGCAGCUGUCCAUAUUGCUCGUACACAUGCAAGAAUGGAUAAGAUUACUUCUUCCCUGGACACUACCGAUCGAUGCUCCCGUCGCAGGCAUUGUCUCAUAUGUAUUACUGGCAAACAGAUGACAUUGUGUUCUUCGAGUGCAAGAGAUUGCGCAUGCAAGCUGUGGAGUAAACAAAAGCUGGUUACUGAUGAGAUGUUCACGCGGCUGACUCCGAGCCGGCCUGGCUCACCGCGGUCUGCGAAUAGACGAGUGCGCUCCUUCAGGACGGUAGCCUGUAUGAGAAGCGCUUUGAUCGGAGGGUCUCCUCUAGUGAUACGAUGCAGUACCGAUUACUGACUGCUCUGGCAUAUGGUCGCAGUAGUAUGUCGGACUCGGUGUGAUGGAGCCCAAGUCGAGCAGGUGAGUCAGCUGGCCCAGAAGACAAAUCCCGGCAAUGAGAAAUUGAACUGGCA